AGCUGACUCCUAGCUUUAUAUUAGAAGAGUUGAGGAGGAGGAUUUUCUAACACCUUCCCAACAAAGUCAAUAGAGUAGAUCGGGAAACUAUUAUUGCCAAUUAAUCGUCUCUCUCCCUCUCUAGAUCUCCAAUAGAAAAGCUGGAAAUCCUGAGCUCGGCGAUGACAAAGGUCCACCCAAACGCGGCUGCCGCUGCAACCUGCUCGGAUCAUGAAAAGACAUCCUCCAUAGACGGCGAGGUGCCGGUGGUGCUCACAGUUUGGAAGAAGUCCCUUCUGCUAAACUGCAACGGGUUCACGGUAUUCGACUGCCAAGGCAAUCUUGUUUUCAGGGUCGAUAACUACUCCGCCCGAUCUAAGGAUGAGAUCCUCCUCAUGGAUGCCGCCGGGACUCCGCUCCUCACCAUCCGCCGCAAGAGGUUGGGUUUGGCAGACAAAUGGCUAGUGUUCGAAGGAGAGAGCGGGGUGAAACCUCGAUACUCAGCCAAAAGGCAGGUGAAUCUGCUGAAAGCAAAGUGUUUGGCUCAGGUGAUGAGCUUGUCGCCGCCGUCGUCGUCGGGAGGUGAGAGCAAGUAUGAGAUAGGGGGAUCAUACACGCAGCGCCGCUGCGAGGUGUACGACGAGAAAAGGAGAAGGGUGGCGGAGAUAAAGAAGAAGGAAGCCGCGGUAGGAGGAGUGGCUUUUGGGGCUGACGUCUUCCGUCUCAUCGUUCACCCCGAUAUGGACUCCGCCCUUGCCAUGGCUUUCAUCAUCCUUCUUGAUCAAAUGUUCGGCUCUUCCUCUUCCUAGCACGCACUUGAUAAUGAUCAUGUUCCUCCAUUAAUAUUAAAAUUUAUUCCCACUUUGUUUUCUUUCCCUUUCCAAUUCUAUAUUUGCAUUAAUAUCAAAGAUCGAAUCAUGAGGCGCACACAAAAGCAAAUAUGCAUCUUUCAUGGGUUCCAUCGCCCUACUUCUUCAUUUUACUAUAAGGAGUACUGGGCACCAGCCAUCUAUAUAUAUGCAGCUUCCCCCAUUCUAUAAACAUCCUUCAUCUCCUUCAGUGUUAUGUAUAUACAUAAACGUCCCACCACCCUCUUGGCUCGAGCUUGGUCCUUCUUUCUUUUAUCUAAAAUUCCAAGCUCCUCCAAACUCACUCUGUACUCUUCUCAAAGAGAAUAACACAAGAAUCAAUAAAGAAAACAUGCAUGAAUGCUGCUUUUCUCACGUCAUUUUGAAAAUUCCCAUUGUUAUGUAGCAACUUUUUCUUUUUGGUCAGCAAUAUCUCAGUUUUGUUCGAA